CACAAAACGCGAAGAGCAAGACGAACAGCGCUGUCACAAGGCCGCCGCCGUAUUCGGAACUCCAUCAAAAUCAGCCGCCACAUGAAGUGAGCAACGAAGACGUCACCACAAUAUAAUAUAUGGCGGACUACGAGCUGCUGCGGCGGCAGUUCCAGCCGAUUGAUGAGGGCACGAUUAUGGCACUCCUUCACAGUGCAGGUAGAGCGAAUCACUCGACCAAUGACUGACUGGCAUCUCACCACCCGAUGCUUUGCUAUCUGUCGUUGUUCGUGUGCAGACGAUAUGGUCACUGAUGAGGUUCUGAAGGAGUGCGCACAGAUACAGAAGAAUCUCAUCGAUAGCAGGUACGUGGCUGAAUCAUCAUCAUCAUCAUUGUCCACAGGCAGGCAGACCAUGGGAUGGAUGUUCCUCUCUGCCUGCCAGGAGGCUGAAGCUGCUGCAUCUGUCGCAGCACACCCCGAUGGGCGUCCUCCAGCAGCGAUUCGAGAAGUACACCCCCAUCCAGGUCAACUUUGACGACGACGCACCAUCGCAAGACGGCCCACCAGACGACGCCAUCGUGUCGGUCACCAUCCGCCUCCCCUCCUCGCAGAAGGAGUUCCACUACACCGCCGGCCAGCUGCCCAUCAUCUACGUCCCCGACGAGUACGGCUACCACGCCAUCACCGUCAAGGGGCAGUCAGCCACCAGGCGCUUCCUCCUCUCCGUCUACACGGCCACGUCUGAGUUCACGGACUCGCUGGACCACUUCACCGACAAGCACCAGUGGAUGUGGGGGAUGAACAUGGACGGCGGCGCCACCUCGGGUGAGAAGGCUGUGGAGGGCCCGGUGACCGACGGGCGGCAUCACGUCUGGUCGGAGGAGCUGGAGCUGGCUCUCCUCAACGUGCUGGAGGUGCUCGAGGAGCUGCAGACGUGGUGGUCGGGCGUCAUAUCCGCCAUGGAGGCAAGCAUCGCUGCCGUCGGUAUGGGAAACAUCUCACAGGUACGAUGGAUGGGAUGUACUGGCAGACAGAGAGACUGUUGUGGAUGUGAUGUGUGUGGAUGGAUGGUGUUUCGGUUGAUUGAUCAGAGUUACUCCCAGAACGAGUUGAUGUGGGGCGAGAUGAUGCCGCGGGUCUACGGGUACGUCGAUGCCGCCAUGAGCACCCACGACACCCACUCAAUCGGCCGCAUCACAAGCGUCCUCCACGAGAUCGUGCAGUCGUGUGGCGUCAUCGGCUCAUUCAAGGGUACCAACCAACAAACACUUUGAGCGACGCACUCAGCAACGUGUUAGCACAUGGGUAAUAUGCUGCCCUUUGUUGUUCGUGUAGGUCUCGGUUUGCCCUAUGAGUCGAACAGAGAUGUGUUCGAGCGCUUCUGUGCCCGUGUGUGCGACUUCGAGAAGGCGCGCUUCCUCGCCUCAACGAGCCGGGCACAGGCGAACGUGCUGGCCGCCCUCGAUCGGGUCAUCGAGGCGACGGACGGCUACUGCGCCUUCCUGAACGACAAGUAUAACACGUACCCCCACAACACCCUGGCGAUGAUGUGGCCGGAGCUGAAGCCCCAGCUCAUGGGGCAGAGGAUGGCCGGCUGCAUCUCCGACCCACGGCCGCUCUUCUCCCUCUUCACUCUGGGGGACACGGUGGGUGACCUUACUGGUCGGUCAAUUGGCUUGCAGAAUAGGCACGGUCUGUGUGUGUGUGUGUAUGUGUGCAGAUGGGUUUCAUGGAGAUGCUGUACACCAACGAGUCGGCCGCUCCCCCCCGCCCGUCGAACCCCGUUGCCCAGCGGUUCGUGUGUCUGCCGCUGGGCGCUGCGACGGGCAAGGACGACGACCACAGUGCUCGGGCGCUGGAGGAGGGCCACGCAGGCAACCCCACGUCGUUGCCCUCAGCCCUCAGGGACAUGUAUGCUGACAGGUGCGGUGCGCAGGAAGUAGAGAGGCACUCCGGCAAGAGUGUCUCGAUAGGAUUCUCUGGCUGUGUUGUGUUGUGCAGGUGGAGCGAGUCGAGCAUCACUGGUAGCGUCCUCAUCAAUGGGAUCGGCAAGGCGUUCGUCCUUAACCCGCCGGGGCAGGGCGAGCAGGACGGGGAGGACAGGCAGGGAGAGCAUCGGGCCAUGGGGGCAGCCAUCAUCUCCAACCUGCUCUACUCAAGCAUGGCGUGUAAGCUUACGAAGCACCAGCACCCCUAACCGCAGCGCAACCGGAGACAAUGCGUCCAUCCAUUUUUCGCCUUUCCAUCAGACGUCACUUCGGGUGACGAGAAGGAGAAGCUCAUCGGCCUCAUCCAUCGCCGCCGGGCCGUGCUCGACCUCUGCUCAGAUGCCUUCUUCGCCGACGAGACCAUCACGUCUGCAUCUGUGGGCUGGUGCCGACCUGAACCCUCUGUCGUGCCGAGCGUGGCGCCUGACGUGCCGAUCUUGGCCAAUCGCGAGGGCGUGAGGCGGCGCAAGAACCGUGUGCGCAACGCGACGACGCUGUUCCGUCAGCUCAAGAACAAGGGCAUCACUCUGUCGCUCCGCGUCAACACUGUAUACUGUGAGAGAGGCAGGACAUGCUGACGGCAACCAGCAAGGGUCUGUGUGUGUGUGUGUGUGUGCAGAGCCCUCGUCUGGUGAUGGAGAAGAUCAAGGAGCACCACGGCACCGACAACUGGCUCCACUCGCAACUCGAGCAGGUGCGUCGAAUCGACGUCCGAGUGUCUGAGUGGCAUUCACACCCAUUCUGCCUGUCUGUGUGCAGGUAUGGCUUCGCAUGAUGGACCUUCCCUCCUGCCCCCUGAUGUUCUUCGAGCUGUGGGCAUCCCUCCCCGGCAGUGAGGAUGGCGAACCGCCACGAGAGGUCAUGAUCGCCGCCGACCCCAUGGUGCGACGUCAGUCAGCAAACUACCACAGCACACCACACCACACCACCCUCUGUCGUUGUCUUGUGUGUGUUUAGCAUGUGUGUGGCGCGUCAGUGUACGUGUCGACGAGGUUCUACGACCGCAACUACAAGCAGCUGCAGCCCGGCUAUGUGCUGGCUUUGCUCGAGACGGCCGUCCUCAAGCAGGCGGGCUUCCGCUACUGGGACCUUGGCGGCGUCAACGACUCGCCGAUGUUCAUCUACAAGAUGGUGCUCGGCGACGAGAUGCCCCAGGCGCUCUACUGGCCGCUCUUCCAGCAGAUCCGCACAGUCAAGACCGACCCCAUCCCCUCAGGCAAUCUGAUCCCAGAGGUCAGCGCCGCUGACCUUUGGGGCUUCCGCGAGAAGGAGGCCGCUGCUGCCAACAAGGGCAAAGCGGCCAAAGGCGGCAAGGGACAGCCGCAGCAGCCGGCCAACAGCAAGAAGGGGGCCAAGGCGGCGGCCAGACAGCAGGCCAAGGACCAGAAUGAGACGGCCACCAAAGCAGCGCCUGCGCCGCCGAUGCAGCCUGCCUCCUCCCCUGCCCCAGCCCUACCAGAGCCGGUGUAUGAGCCAGAGCCGGCCGACAUCACUCAUGAGGAGGCAGACGCCCUGGCAGCGAGGAAUGAGGCGGAGGAGAGGGGCCUGUGCGAGUCUCCGAGGGAGCUGCCCGUGCAGUCGUCUGUGUUCAUGGACAAGUACCGUGAGUUCCUCAUGUCGAAUCCAAACGAUCCGACGCUUGCGGCAGCGAGGGCGAUCGAGGCCAUCGCUCCCAAGGCCAGAAGGGACAGGGAGUGAUGAUUGACCGAGAGAGGGUUGACCGAGGGAGGGAGGAGGAAUCGGCGACUGGAUGACCAGACAGCGGGGAGGGAUUGCUGCCUUGGGAGAAGUAAGGGGUAUGUUUUGCUCUGUCGGACAAUUCGUGCACAGACGUGACUGUAUGUGAUGUGUGUCGACACAGUAAUUGAAUCGGCCUUCGC